UAUGUUGCCACACCAGCUGACCCCGAAUUUUUCGAUCGGACAGUCGGUCGCAAGUUCAUUCGCUUCUCGGCUGUCCACGAGCCACUCCCGCUUUUGUCGUUGAAUGUGUACCUGACGGAGCUCUGGCUUCUCGGCGUGCGUCGACGAGGAAUUGGGUCGUCUCCCCCCGAAGGCUCUUUUCUUCUUCUGCUAUCCUUGCUUCAGACAAGCCAGCUGCCAUCGAGCCGCCCCAAGAACCGCCCCCUCUCUUGCUGCUGUAGAUCUAGAAAGGCCUCCGCUAAUCGCUCAUACAGGCAGGCAUCAUGCAGAUUUCUCGCAAAUUCGUUCGAUCUGGAUGCUUCAGUCGAGGAUCUCAGGUCGGCAAAAGCCACCAAUCGGCAUGCUCCUUUGCAGAAUCUCAUCAUCAUCAUCGACAACAGGCGCAAAAGUAUGUUUUUCCAUCGACGUUGAUCGCACGAUGCCGUUGUGAAAAUUAGCAUCUCGUCCAAAUCUGCGAUUUCGGGAAACUUGUGUCUAGAUCAGCCGUGCGCGUGCUGCGUGAAGCCCACUUGAUCUGCUCGCCCUUGCCGGGCGAUCGCGCUCGUGCAGGACGAUGCAUGUGACUGACAUCAGCUUUAUGGAAGCUCAAGGGGCAUUCUGCAACGAGCGCUUACCGGACUGUCGUCAGGCCUUUGCCACAGUCGUGCGGCCUUCGACGUCAGUGCACUGGUCCUCGCUGAGCUGCUUGCCGAGGGCAUCGCAAGAGGAAGAGGGCAUGCGACCAGCUCGUUCGGACGGCAAGAAGCUCCGAAAGUAA